GUUAGAUGAUGGUGAAUUUGAUCAAUAUAGAGAGCGCAGAAUAGAGGAGAUAUCAAAACAGAUGAAGCAAGCCCAAAAGAAUGUUGAAGACGGUUAUGGGAAUGUUGAAACUUUGAUCAAUGAAGAGAGUGUAUUACAAAGAACAACUACAAUCAAACAUGUUGUAUUACAUUUCUUUCACGAGAAUUUUCAAAAAUGUAAAGUUAUGGAUGAUAAAUUAAAAGUUAUGGCUGAAAAACAUCUCUCUACAAAAUUCAUUAGAGUAAAUGUUGAAAACGCACCAUUCUUAGUUACAAGAUUAAAAAUUAAAGUGUUACCAGCUGUAUUAAUAUAUAUCAAUGGUGUGGAGUCUAAUAGAUUAGUUGGAUUUGAUAAAUUAAACUUCAAUGAAUCUGGAGAUUUUCAAAUAGAAUCAUUAGAGAAGUUUUUAUUAGAUAACGGCGCAAUUCAAAGAAAGGCAACAAAUUAUAAAAGAAUUCUCAAAUCUAAGCAAUAUCAAGAUGAUGAUGAUGAAAGUGAUCUUGAUCUUUAA